CCCUCAGUAAGUAAAUCAGACCCUGGCUGCUGACUUGCUAACAUCCUUCGCUGUGCUCGCGACUUCUCCACAGGUUUCCAAAGCCAUGUUAAGCAAUUCUUGGGCAGAGCUCCGAAGACUGUAGAAGAAAAGGCUGCAUUUGCUUGGGAUCAGAGUAGGCAAAGCCUUACUGUCUGAACAGACAGGAGCAGGGAAACAGCUUCUAUGGCUUCAGAGGUCCUGGAGAAUGUCAAGGAGGCGGUGACCUGCCCCAUCUGCUUGGAGCUCAUGAGAGAAGCCGUGAGCAUCAACUGUGGCCACAGUUUCUGCAAACACUGCAUCACCUCAAACUAUGAGUCCACGGAACAUGAAGGUGUGGGCCACUGCCCUGUGUGCCGAAUAAUGUACCAGUUUGAAAACCUGAGACCCAGUCGACACGUGGUCAACAUAGUGGAGAGCCUUGGAAAGUUGCCACUGACCCCGAAGAUAGAUCUGUGCAGCCUCCAUGGGGAGAAACUCCUGCUGUUUUGUAAGCAGGAUGAGGAUGUCAUUUGCUGGCUUUGUGAGCGUUCUCAGAAGCACCGUGGUCACUGCACGCUUUUAAUGGAGGACGCUGAACGGAAGUAUCGGAGAACACUUCAAGAAAUGCUAGAGAAGCUGACUCAGGAUGAAAAAGAGUUUAAGAAGUGGGAAGCUCACAUUGAAGAAGAAAGAACUUCCUGGAAGAAACAAAUACAGGAGGAGAUGCAAAAUGUCCAGGAUGAAUUUACAAAAAUGAGAAACAUCCUGGACUCUGAGGAGAAAGAGCACCUGCAAAAACUGAAGCAAGAGGAAGAAAAUGCUCUCAAGGUCCUGGCCGAGUCUGAAAAGCAGCUGGCCCGGGACGCCCAGUCCGUGAGGGAGCUCAUCUCAGAUGUGCAGCGUCGGCUGCAGGCAUCAGCCAUGGCCAUGUUGCAGGGUGUGAAGGACACCAUAGAAAGGAGUAAGUCAUUGACUGUGCAGAAACCAAGAAUUUGCCCUAAGAGACAGAAGAUGGUGUUUCAAGCUCCUGAUCUGAGACAGUAUCUCCAAUCUCAUCAAGAUGCGUCUAUCCAUCCUCUUAGUCAUUUGUUGCCAACCGUGGACACCCCCACUGUGUUCUUCGAUAUCGCUGCCGACGGUGAGCCCUUGGGCCGCAUCUUUUUCGAGCUAUUUGCAGAGAUAGUUCCAAAGACAGUAGAAAACUUUCGUGCUCUGAGCACUGGAGAGAAAGGAUUUGGUUAUAAGGGCUCCUGCUUUCACAGAAUUAUUCCAAGAUUUAUUUGCCAGGGUGGUGACUUCACACGCCACGAUGGCACAGGCAGCAAGUCCAUCUACGGGGAGAAAUUUGAUGAUGAGAACUUCAUCCUGAAGCACACAGGCCCGGGCAUCCUGUCCAUGGCAAAUGCUGGGCCAAACACAAAUGGGUCCCAGUUUUUCAUCUGCACUACCAAGCUCGAGUGGUUGGACGGGAAGCACGUGGUCUUCGGGAAGGUGAAAGAGGGCAUGAACACGGUGGAGGCCAUGGAGCGCUUCGGGUCCAGGAACGGCAAGACCAGCAAGAAGAUCGUCAUCGUCGACUGUGGACAGCUCUAACAAGUGUGACUUGUGUGUAUUGCUCAGAAGAGCACCCUGCGCCCUCCCUGCUCAAAACGCCCCAUCAUCUCUGCUCUUAUCGUAGCUCU